CCUCUUCCUCUCAACUUCUGCUCUCUUCUUCCCCUCUCGACCUCUGCUCUCCGGCUAUUCUCUCUCCCCUUGGCCCUCUACUCUCUGGCACUCUCUGCUUAUCGCCGGCGCCCUCCGUUCUGGCUACCCGCCCGGCGAGAUCAGCUCCCGACGGACCAUCUUCAAUGUUGCUGAAACCAGCUCCUAUCCAGUCGUGCCUGAGUCGAAUUAUGCAUACUUCAGUCAAGGUCUUACCAUGUUGAUGAGUGCGAUUGAAGUCCGCAACAGCAGCAUUGACGGGAAAAACCGGAGGGGAAACAAGAUCAAGGAGAAGGAGGAGGAGGAGAAGAAACGUGGGAGAAUAUGUCGCCACCGUACUCGUUCCCGAUUCUGAGUGCGAAGGAGGUGGCCGUCGCUCUCAGCAAUCUGGAGAUCGCGAAUGUUAGCGAGGAGAUGCUCGCCGCUCCCACUCCUGAUCUCGCCGUUGUCAUAUAUAGCUCCGCCCUCACCUACAUCGAUCUCUUGGGGGAUGACCCAAGGCAGGCUGCAUUUAGUGGGCUCGAGCAGUUGGAGAAUCCAAAUAACCAUGAGGAAUCAAUUGGGGUAAUCAAUUUAUAUUGUAAGAUAAAGGACAUUAUUUCGGCAGCUGGGGCUGCUGAUUUCUCUUUGAAGGACAUCUUCAAGCCAGAAUCAGCAAAGAUGGUCUGUUACAUCAGUGCUCUACUUAAUUUCAUAUACUACAGGCAAGAUAAGCUGCACCUUCUGCAACCAAUUAUCAACGAGAACUGUUCUCAACAUCAAGAGGAAUUGGAGAUGAGACGUGCAGAACUGGAAGAUGAACUUGUGAAACUGGAAGCUUUGGAACAGCAGGAUCAGCCAAUAGUUCUGGAAUUGCAAGCUGAAGUAGAUGAACUAAGGCAGACAGUUCAAACCCUCAAUAGGGAACAGGCAGCACUUAAAGCUCGUUAUCGGAAUCUUAGGGAUGUAAAUGAUGCUGAAAUUAGACAAAAGAUCUCUGAUGCUGAAUUUUCAUUGAUGGAAUGUGUGCAAGAAAAUGACAAGUUGAAGUCUAGAAUUGUUCAAUCACCAGAAAAGCUGCAAAAAGCACUGGAAGAAAAGAGAUCUAUUCUAGCUCAGGAGCAGAACUAUGAGCGUUCUGCAUUUCAAGCUUAUCAACAUCUGUUGGCCAAGAAUGAACUGUACAAGAAGGCAUCCAAGAAGCUAUCAAAGUAUUUGACUGAGAUGCAGGCUAUGCAAGAGCAGUUCAAUUCCUGCAAAUUGAUUGAGAAAGAUGUGAAAGCAAUAAAGGCGAAGCUUAGUGACAUGGAACUGAUGGCUAUGUCUCUUGAGGCAAAACGGGUUGAACUUCAAGGGAGAGUUGAUGAUGCUGAGAAGAUGACUAGGGCAUUAGAGAAGGAGAAAGAGCUAAAAUGUGCAGAAGCCGAUGAAGAGUUGAAAGUUGUCAAGUCAGCAGCAGAACUGAAACUGCAAGAACUAGACCUAAAACAGAAGAAAAUUGAAGCCAUUGUCGCUGAUGUAAAUAAGAUAAGCAUGCAAACAGCUUCAGCAAGAAAUAAUGGUGAAAUGCUACUGCAGAAAUUAGGUAGCAAAUGUGAAGAACUUGUCAACGAGUUUCACAGCUAUUCAUCUCCAAUUGAUGCAUUUCUUUUGAGGCUAGAAGAUGGCUGCAAACAGUAGUGAGUCGCAUCCUGGUAACAAGGCCGCCUGCCUCGAGAGGGUUAUGCUUAUAAUUUGUCUGUUCUAUAUUGAACCACUUUAAGGUACUCUCAAAUGCUUAUCCUAGUUGUAUAGUGUCCGAGAGCACAAGUUGCAGAAAUUUUCUCAGUAUAUUCUGUAUCCUUAGGGUUGUUGAGAUGCCAUCUUUUCCUGUACAAGGUUCUCGAUAAUGUGCAUAAACUAUGCCGACGAGAGGUUACCAAAGUACGUUGGUUUUUAAUGUAAAAAACUUAAGUGCAAGCUAAUGAUAUUAAGUUCUUCAUAUAA